AUAUACAGGAUAUACACAAUAUACACCAUGUACUCAAUAUACACAAUAUACACAGUAUACAGGAUAUACACAAUAUACACAACAUAUACAUCAUAUACACAUAAUAAUUCAUUUUGUUUAGGAGAAGGAGACGAGCUGCUACACUGACCGUAAACGUUCGUAAUUCUGUUACGAGAGUUUAAAAAGUCUGUAAACUCUCUCUAGCUCGCGAAGCCCAUACGGCGUAAAACUCAUGACGCACUUCCCGUUCUAUAACGCGACGAGCGAAAGGAGCGAGGCUUCGUGUUUGGGCUCGGUGAUAUCUGGUGCGGUUGUGGUGAGAGCAGGAUAAAGACACAAUAUGACCGGUUUAAUAUUAAUCAUCCUGCUCGGUGGCGGAAUGAAAAAGAAAACCAGAAACUGGUUUCAAUAAUGCAAACAUAUCAUUUCUAUAAGUGAUCUUGCAGCGCUUUUAAACGAUACACGGGACAUGACCUAACAGGAUUUAAAAAAAAAAAAAAAACUAAACAAAAAAAAACAAACUCAGUGUGCGAAUUCAGGUCGUUUCUACCAAGCUGGGGGAAAAGAAUUCUGUCGCCGGUGGUUACAUCAUUAAAAUAAAAAAUACAGUAUCAUGAAAAUUUUGGUAAACCUAAAAACCUGACGUGAAGAGCCUUAAAUGAACGGAUCACGUACUGAAUCUGAAUCUUCACGAGGUUUCAGCUGAAUCUCAAACGCUGUAAAUUUAAGGUGGUGAAUAAAACGUACAAGCACACAGCUGGCCGUGUUUUUCACUCACGCAGAAUUCCUGAAGGAAGUUUCGGAGCGAGGAGAUCUCCCAGCACAAAGCCGGCUCUAUAAAGUGUGUAAGUGCAGCGUACAUUGUUGAAUAUAAACAGGACAGCCGCGCCGUGUUUGGCCUAAACACUGGGCCGUGAGUCGCGUUUCCAUUGAAACAGCACACAGAUGGCACAGACAAGCUGCCAGCAGUAUUUUUGCAUGAACACAUAGAUAAAAACCUGUCAGGCAGUUGAUGGUUAAUAAGCAAAUUUCUUUACCAAACAUAUUUUGUUUAGGCAAAGAGACAGGGUGCGCAGGCAGCGCGUCGGCCCUUUAAAUCCAUACGCGAGCAGGCAGGCGUUUCACCCCGCGUGAGAAAUGUAUCUUGGAUUCUAAUAGGGAAGUUGUGCAUUUGCCAAGGUGCAUGCGUGUCCUCAGCUAACCCCGGCACCCAUAUGGCGCUCGGCAGAGUCCACGUGAGGAUCGCUGUGAGUUUCUGGAGGGAAAAAUAUCUGGAAGUGGUUUGUAGAAGAGAGAUGAAAAAAUAAAACAGAGGGCGAUCGUGUGAAGGCUCGUUUCAUGCCCGGGAGAGAUGAAGUGAGCGCCGUGUGUUUCACCAGCACCAGCAACCUGUAGCAUCGUGACCCUGUGCCUCUCACCACACACACACACACACACACACACAUAUACACACACACACACACACACACGGACGGACGGACGGACGGACGGACGGAUAACUACGAAAGAGCGCCAGCCGACUGUUGCCGCCAUCAGCCGCAAAGGGGAUGACUGAGCGCGUCCACAACAUCAACCUACACAACUUCAGCAGCUCGGUACUGGAGACCCUGAACGAGCAGCGCAACCGCGGGCACUUCUGCGACGUGACGGUGCGCAUCCACGGCAGCAUGCUGCGCGCCCACCGCUGCGUGCUCGCCGCCGCCAGCCCCUUCUUCCAGGACAAGCUGCUGCUGGGCUACAGCGACAUCGAGGUGCCGGCGGUGGUCUCGGUGCAGUCGGUGCAGAAGCUCAUCGACUUCAUGUACAGCGGCGCGCUGCGCGUGGCCCACUCGGAGGCGCUGCAGAUCCUCACGGCCGCCAGCAUCCUGCAGAUCAAGACGGUCAUCGACGAGUGCACGCGCAUCGUCUCGCACGCCUCGGCCCAGGAGACGCCACGCGGCACGCCCGACUCGGGAACCUCGGGCCCCGGGAGCGACGCGGAGCAAAGCCUGGAGCGCGCCUACUCGUCCGUCUACCCGGGACUGGAGCUGCAGAACGGCACGCGAAGCGAACGCCAGCACUACACCAGCGUUUCCAUCCCCGGCGGCUUCGACCCCCUGCAGCAGAAAGAAGGCGUGCAGGACCCGUCGCUGUGGGUGAGCCGACUGCACGAGCGCCAGCAGCAGUCGGAGCGCUUCCUGGGAUCGUCCGAGACCACGCACUGCCGCAAGCAGCCGCGCCCGGUACGCCUGCACACGGCCGAGCACGACGUGCGCAUCAAACAAGAGAGGACGACCGAAGAGACGUACGGCUGCUACGGAUUAGACGUGGACGACGCCAACGGAGAGCCCAAAGGCGAGAGCUUCGAUUCGGGCGUCAGCUCCUCCGUCGGUACCGAGAACGACCCGUCCGAGCAGCACUUCAUGCCCGGGUUCGGGCGCGAGUGCGAGGCCGAGGUCGGCACGCCGGUGCACAUCGACGUCACCGAUUCGUCCCCGGAGCAGAGCCAGGAGAUGGGAGAGGACAACAACAGCGGGGACGGAAGAGACAUCGUAAUGGACCAACCGUCUCUGUCCAACACCGUCGUGCCCAGUUCCGUGCCGGGGGGGCAGCUUUACAUCCGCCCGUGCGACACCAUCGCGGCGAACCUGCGCAUGCCGCUGACGAUAGCCAGCAGCGCCAACUCGUACCUGCCCACGCUGUUCGCCCCGCAGCCCUCAGCCAACGAGAACAAGCCGUUCCUCUUCAGCCUGCCGCAGACCGUCAGCGCCCAGCAGCCCCAGUUCGUGGCCGUGCCUCCCCACAGCAUGACGCCUUUCCCCAGCGGCCUGAGCGGAGUGCCAACCGCCGGCACGCAGCAGCAGCAGCCGACCGCCACCGGAGUGGUGCAGCAGGGCGAGAAGAAACCGUACGCCUGCACCCUGUGCUGCAAAACCUUCACUGCCAAACAGAACUACGUCAAACACAUGUUCGUGCACACCGGUGAGAAGCCGCACCAGUGCAGCAUCUGCUGGCGCUCGUUCUCCCUGAAGGAUUACCUGAUCAAGCACAUGGUGACCCACACGGGCGUGCGCGCCUACCAGUGCAGCAUCUGCAACAAGCGCUUCACGCAGAAGAGCUCGCUCAACGUGCACAUGCGCCUGCACCGCGGCGAGAAGUCCUACGAGUGCUACAUCUGCAAGAAGAAGUUCUCCCACAAGACCCUGCUGGAGAGGCACAUGGCGCUGCACAGCACCGCGCCCGGGGUCACCGGGGUCGUCACCGGGGUCACCGGGGUCGUCACCGGGGUGACCGGGGUCGUCACCGGGGUCUCCGGCGCCAACCCGGCAGGCCCCACUUCCAUCCCGGUGCAGAUGGCCGUCCCCGAACCUGGCCCGGGAGUCGUGGCUCUGGCCAUGCCGGUGGGAGGAGGCGGAGCCGGGGGAGGAGUCAGCGGAACCGGAGUGGGCGUGGCCUCCGAGGCGAGCUGCCAGGAAGCGACGACCUACAUGUGCUCUGUGUGCCCGGUCAAGUUCGACCAAAUCGAGCACUUCAACGACCACAUGCGUAAGCACGUCUCCGACGGAUAAGUACGGAAAAUAUACAUAUAUAUAUAUAUAUAUCUAUAUAUAUAUCGACAAAAAGUUUUCAAAAAAAAAAACUUUUUAAACAAAAAAGAAUGAAAAGAAAAAUAAUGGCACUAGAUUUUUGUUUUGUUUUGUUUUGUUUUGUUUUGUUUGUUUGUUUUCCCUAAAAUUGGGGGCAUGAAGAGUAAUGAGUAUAGACACUGGCACAUUGAGUUGAGUUUUCCCAGAAAACAAAAAGUUCUUUUUCUUUUUCUUUUUUUUUUUAAAUUUUGUCGUUUUUUGUCGUUAUUCUUAAAGAAUUAAAAAAACCAUAGAUGGUGGCCUUAAGGCUGUGUAGUUGGCGAAUGAUCCACUGGCUGGAUCCAAACUACUGGCCUCUAAAUGUAUGAUUUCCUUACUGAUUUAUGUGUUGAACACUACCGAAAGGCCUGCGAAAGAUACACACACACACCACACACACACACACGCGCGCGUGCGCUUAUAUAUAUAUAUAUAUAUGUAUGUAUAUAUAUAUAUAUAUAUAUACACACACAGACUACUUAUACACUUACAUACAGUAGAGUGAGUUGUAUCGUAUGUGUGCGUAUGUGGAGUGUGUGUGUAUGUGUGUGUGUGUGUGUGUGUGUGUGUGUGUGUGCGUGUGUGUGUGCAAAACCGUGAAAUUUUUAACCGUUUUUCCCAUGUAGACCGUACUGGAUGCUGACGGCGUCCUGAUUACUGUGGUAAACCUUUUUAAAAAAAAAAACAACAACAACAUCGGAUUGGUCGGAAAAGCGAAGACGGUCACGCGUUUGCCUUUUAUUACGUCGGAUCAGAACCGGACACUGGGUUUUAUUUAUUAAACGGAUUAAACGAUGUGCUGCGGAGGUCGAUUCGGGUCAUCGUAAGGAAAAGAACGUUAAACUCCCUUUAUGAUGUUUUUCUUUUACAUUUUAUAUCGCGUCCGUAUCCUCCCCCCCUCCUCGCCCCCGCCCCGCCCACACACACACACACACACACACACACACACACACACUCCUCCCCUGUCCUCCCCGACCUCUUUUCCACUUCCCCCGUCAUUCCCUUCAGACGGCUCGAGUGGAGUUUACAGAACGAGGGUUUGGGUCGUGUUUGGUUCGUCAGUAUUUGAGCUUUGAGAAUCCAUUUUUGCGAACACUGCCACUGAAAUAAAUAAAUAAAUAAAUAAAUAAAUAAAUAAAUAAAUAAAGACUGUUAUUUGACCGCUUCCUAAACAAGAAAAAAAUAAAAGAAGCCCAGGAACAACAGAGGGUUCUUUUUAUUUUAUUUUAAUGAAAACAUUUUUGACUUUCUCAUCGCUCCAUGAUUGAAAUAAAUGUUUUUUUUAAAAAAAAAAACAACAAAUCCGGUACGUAAACAUAAACGUAAACAUAAACGCCAGCCCCGGCGUCAGCGGCUGCUCCACACACUCCCGCGUUCAGACUGUUACACCCCGACGCGGCACGCUGAAGCUUUUCUCACUGUUCUCACUACUCCACCAGCUGCUGACGCCGAGCCGGUGAGCGACCCGGACACAAAUAACCCAAAGUCCCGAAAUACAGCAGGAAAUGUAAAAAAAGGAAAAAGGACUUUCAAAAGGAAAAAAAAAAAAGGAAAAGACGAAGCUGCUUCCUGUUAGUGACGUCCGCCGUGACUCAGCUGUUUGGCCGGGUGGGGCGACUGAAGUGCACUACUCCUGAUCCCUAAGCCCCAUCUAGUGGCUCAAACGGCCCGGCGUGAGAUCUCUUCUUUUUUUUUUUCUUCUUCUUCUUUUUUUUUUUUUGGCUAACAGGAAGCACAAACCGUGUGAGAAGGAAAAAGAGAGAGAAAGCGAGCGAGGACUAGCCGGAAAAACACGCCCCCUUCACUAUCUAGUGCACUUACUCUAUCGAGAGCCAUUUUAUAUAAAACUUUCUUUUUUUGACUCGUGAAAUCCCACAAUGCACUGCAGAAGAAUAGUUUACCCAGAAUCCAUCAUGCUUUGUAGGGAGAUUUUUAAAUAAAUGAAUAAGCCCGAUCCUUCCCCCCCCCCCCCUCUUUUCGUUUGUUUGGGGUUUUUUCCGUUUGUUUCUAGGAUCUGUUCCUGACUGGAGUGCACUACUUCUGAUCCCUAAGCCCUAUCUAGUGGCUCAAACGGACCUCGGCUCACAAGACAGGAAGAGAAAGUUAGAGACAGACUGAAAGAGAGAGGGAGGGAGGGAGGGAGGGGGGCAUGUUCAAAACCACAUCUUAAAGAAAAACAAAACAGAGCCCAGAUUAUCAACACAAUGAAAUUCACAUUCAUUCCUGACGUGAAGUGCACUACUUUUGAUCCCUAAGCCCUAUGUAGUAGCCCACUGAAUGAGAAAAGAAGUAGGAAGUGUAAGAAAGAGAGAAAGAGAGAGAGAGAGAGAGAGAGAUGUCCGAGACCACGCUUUAUCUCCUCUUUCGUGCACUAUUUUAAGAGUCAUGGAAAAUUUCGUACUCGUAAAUUCCCACAAUGCACCGCUGUGGGUCGGUAAAAAUAAAAAACCAAUCAAAAUCCAUUCCUGAAUGAAGUGCACUACUUCUGAUCGCUAAACCCUAUCUAGUGUCCCUAAAGAGAGAGAGAGAGAGAGAGAGAGGCGUGUCAGAAACCACACCCUGUGUAUCUAUUUUAAGAGUCAUGGAAAAUUUCGUACUUGUAAAUUCCCACAAUGGUGUCAGACCUGGCUGGAGCCCGUUACCCACAAUGCACCGCGCUAUUUUAUUUGCAAAACAAAGCCCAGAUUAUCACAGAAUGAAGUGCACUACUCUAGUACUCUUGAUCCCUGAGCCCUAUCUAGUGGGGGGGGAGAAAGCACUGAGAGAGAAAAUGGGACGUGUCCCAAACCGACACCCUCUCCCAUCUCCCGUCUCAUGCACUAUUUUUCAGGAGUCGUAAAACCCCCACAAUGCACCGCAGCAGGUUAGUGUCGAGCCGAGCUGGUAUUGAGUACCCAUCCCUGAUAUUUGUGAAGACUGAACCCUAAAUACAAUAAAAUACAAAUGAAUUGCAGACUGAAGUGCACUACUCAUGAUCCCUAACCCCUGUAUAGUGUGUGUGUGGGGGGGGGGUUUAAAACGAAAGAGAUAGGGGCGUGUCCCAAAUCACACUCUACGUGCACUAUUUUAGGAUCUCUUUAUCUAAACUAAAAUCUAGCGGUCCAAAAAAAGAGCGUAAGGAGACGGAGAGAGAAAGAGACACGUCCAAAAUCUCGCCCUGUUCACUAAAUAGUGCACUAUUUCCCCACAAUGCAUUGCAGCAUCCAGGUUGCCAGUUUGAGUCACUAGAUCAGCGCCCCUGUAGGAAAUGAAAUAUUUGUGUGUGUGUGUGUGUGUAUAAACACAGCCCUGUGUGUGUGUGUGUGUGUGUGUGUGUGUGAGAGGAGGAGACGGAGGCCGUGGUUUCCGCGCCGCUCCUCGGCUUCAGUCCGCCGCUCGCUCUCUUCACGUCCACACGCUGUUCGUGACAACAACAAAAAGCAAUCGUAAUAAUAACGCAGUUCCAAAAAGAAAGAAAUAAUAAAGAAUAAUAAUAUGUUCGAUUAUUGAAAAACAUCAACAACAACAACAACAACAACAACAGAGUGUUACUUUGCACACUUUUAAACGCCUGUGCUUCAUGAAAUUGUUUAAACUGAUUUGUAUUUUUUCCUGCUUGGUUGGUUUUAAAGGAAAAAUGAUAUUUUUUUCUUUUUUGUUUGUUUGUUUUGGUUUUGUUUGUUUUUUUGAGGAAAAGGACUGCAUGGUUUUUUUCUCACGUCUACGUUUUGCACUGCAGAAACCCAUAAGUGCACUACUGUUACCACAGAUGUUCUAGUUUUUAGAGAGAGAGAGAGAGAAAGUGUUUUUUAUCUAAAAUGAGUUGAGAGAUUUGUGUUCGAGUCGCUUUGUUUCUGUCUCUUUUCACUCGUUUUCUUGCUUUUUUUUACGAGAUGAUGAUGAUGAUGAUGAUGAUGAUGAUGCUGAUUAAGUGUUUCUGCUUUUGUUAUUUAGCGCUCGCUAGUAUUCACUUGUGCUGUGUUUGUUUUGGUGGCUGUGUGUGUUUUUGUUUUUGUUUUUUCUUCCUAUUUAAAUCUGAAGCACGGUGUGUGUGUUUGAGAGAGUGUGUAAGUGUGUAAGUGUGUAAGUGUGUGUGGUUUUGUUUUAAAAUCUCUCUGCAUCGCCCACCAGCAGUCUCGUACGCUGAUACACACACACACACAUGGUGAGGCGUUCAUACCAAACAACAUCCGAAAAACAAAACGUUUGUGUGUGUGUGUGUGUGUGUGUGUGUGUGUGUGUGUGUGAACCUAAAUCGUGUUGUAGAGGCGGUUGUGUUUUUGGUUGUGCAGCUUAUUAUUGUGUUGUGUAGAGAUGGUGUGUGUGUGUGUGUGUGUGUGUGUGAGAGAGAGAGACACCUGAACUGCAGGGCUUCCUUCGCAAUGUGCAGUGCAGGUACUGCAUUUGGUGUGUGUGUGUGUGUGUGUGUGUGUGUGUGUGUGUGUGUGUGUGUGUGUGUGUGGUAUCCGCCGGCACAGUUUCACAACUUCACAAGAACAAUCACAGCAAAUGAAAUAAAUAACACACACCCCCAGAGCGCGACGCAGCGUCAGGCCUCGGUCCACUCUGAUCACACACACACACACACACACACACACACACGCACACACACACACACAUGCAGGAGAUGAUGCGUCCGGCCGUGAGAGGCGCUCAGGCAUGUGCCGAUGUUUUAUUCUAAUAUCGUCGUCAUACAGUAUUAAUGGGCUUGAAUGCACAGCUGUGUGUGUGUGUGUGUGUGUGUGUGUGUGUGGGAUGUGUGUGAGAUGGGUGUACGCUUCAGGAAGGUGGGACUGAUGUCACUUCCUGUUGCACUGAGAUUACAUCAGCCCCAGAGCUCAGUGUGCUUUAAUUAGACACGUGCAGCACGGAGGUGGUGGAGACGCACAAAAGCCCUCCAUCUUCACCCGUUUAUUCAGCUUGUUAGCUCCGCCCCCUUUUCAGAACCUCCCCGUUAACAUCUGUAUGAUGCCAUGCGGCCGGGAACGCCCAUUCGCCGGAGGGGAAAGAACGUCGGGCGUGUAGUAGAUAGCUCUUCCGUUCACUUCCGCUCGCUCUGAUCCGACAUCCUCGGCUCCGUGAGCCAAUAGGAAUUAAGGAGGCGGGGCUAUCGCGUACGGGAGGUGAUCAUUUAAUAUCGUCUCAACCUGAAGCUGCUAAAAAGAAUUGUGAUUUCUGCGACAGGAAAUAACGUCUGAGGAUAAAUAACUUCGCAGUUCUCUCUCGAACAGUUCCGCACAAAACCUACAGUCGCUCUUACACUGGAAUUUAUCCGGAUUUAUUUUAUUCCGUUCAAACAGGAAAAAAACACAAAAAAUGCCUGGAGAUCACAGCUGCGAUUCAAGAACGAGCAAAGCUGCGAUCAUAAUCACAUGAAGUACAGACAAUCAGCUGUUUUCCCUCUCAGAGAGUCAUCUGACUUUAAGCCAAAUAUUAAGCGAAGAUUAAAGGAAACAUUGAAAUAAAAUUCAAAAAAUUUAAAAAGAUAAAUCAAAAGAUGAAGCAGAGAUUAAACUCAAAUUAAGCAAAGCUUUAGAUAAAAAAAAAAAAAACAAGCAAGGAUUAAACAUAAGAUUAAGGCAAAAAUGUAAUAAAAUUAAGCGGCGAUUACGCUAAAAUUUUAUCCCGGAUGUUCAUUUUUUAGAUUUAUUUACAGUCCUUUUUUUCUCCUAAACACACAGAAACAUCAUUUCUUACCUUCAAACGUGUCAAUGUCAAGAAUACCCGUCAGGUGCGUAGUAAUUUAAGCAGAUGAGAAGUUCGUAACGCAGAAAACAGUAUUACGUUUAAAAAAUUUUAAAAACCCGGUAACGUAGGAACCUCGAAUCCGCUCCGUCACGAUGCACGAAUCCGAUCCGUCGCCUGAGCCGAACUUCACACGUUUUCACAGCGACAGCGCGCGCCACGACAACGGCGUCGCCGGCCUGCCAGAGCUGAUCGUCUGCACAUGCCCGAGUCUCUCUCUGCGUUUCAGCGCUGAAGCCUCCUGCCCUUCACAUCCAGGUGAAGAACGCUGGAGAAACAAACGACACCUUUAACUCUCCGCGAGUGAAUCAAACGAAUCAGAAUCGCGAUUCGCUCCGGGCUUCGCGGUCCAGUUUGUGAUUCACUCGAAGCCCGAGCCUCGCGAGAGCGCGCUCGUUGAUCGCUUAGACGAGGAUUACUGGACGAGCUGCACGGCGUUUCAACAAACGGAUGAAUCAGUAAAACACCCUGACGAUAAAUGCAUUUUGUCGGCCAUCUUGUUUUUAUCGGCCAUCUUGUCUGUGCCCUUAAAACCAGCCUUAAUGACGUUUAACAACCAAAAUGCACUACAGAGUGUAAAGGUGCUUUCGCAAUACAGUGGUGCAAAACACCUGUUAUUCACUCUCACACUCUCACACACACUCUCACACACACACACACACACACACUCUCAGAUCUUCGUGCUUUUCUCAGUACACUUCUAUAUAACCACGCCGUUUAGUUUUUAUCUAUAACCGCCGUCUCAUGUUAUCGCCGUCUGUGUCGAGGUGUUACGAUUCAGCGUGACUCUUUACCUUCAUGUAUUUAAACAAAAAAGAACUUAAAAAAAGAAAAAUAUACAUAAAUAAAUAUAUAUAUAUAUAUACAUACAUAUAUAUAUAUCUUUUCACAUGGUGUAAGUUUUUUUUUUCCGGAUUCUACACACAUCUAUACAAGUCGGAAACGUCAAGAACGUCCGUCUUAGAUCAAACGUAGCGCGACCUUUUGCUUUGCGCUACAGCUGCGAUGCUAACGUCGCUAACACGUAACGGAAGCUCUCAGAUUACAGCAUGCUGUAAAUCAUCACCCGCUCCCGCUCAAAACGCCUCGUUUCUGUCCAAACCCGAAUAUGCAAAUCAGAUGUCAUCGCUGUAGGCCACGCCCCCUACACCGGAGGUUUUACGUCAGCGCGUCCGCCCGAGAGCGUAAAACAGAGGCUGAACGCUUGCAUUACGUAUUAGCGGCGUCAGCGUCGCAGCGAAACGGCGCUACGUUCGUCGUGAAACGGACGUUUUGGGGUCUGUUCGUUUGUUUGUUUUUUUUUCUCUUAAACACUUUUUAUCAGGAAAAAAAAAAAGAUUUUCAGCGUGUAAUACAGUUUUUAUUUUUUGGUGUCAUGUGUUCGUUAUUCACAUUUAUUCACAUAGAUUUGUUGCUUGAUUUCGUUUCUGUAGGACACACACACACACACACACACACACACACAGUGCUCCAGUUUUCAUUCUCUUCAGUGUACAGUUACAGGAUCUAUCAGUUUCAGAUGACUUUUGAGGAUUUGAUCAUUUAUUUAUUUUCCAUUCUGCUAAUAGAGUACACUUGUGCGAGUGUGUGAGUACGUGCGUGCGUGUGUGCGUGCGUGCGUGUGUGUGUGUGUGUGUGUCAGGUUUUGAUCUUUACGUUUUUGUAUUUUUCCUAGCUGGUAGUUAGUUUUCUUUUGGGCACAGAAACGAUAUUUAACUUCACACCGUCUUUAUCCGCUAAUAAUAUCUCAAACUUCUUUCUUCUUCUUUCUUUCUUUUUUAUUUUGUAUUUUUUUUUGGUUUUUUUUUUACAGAAAAACAAGCUGGUAUGUUUCAUUUUUCAAAUACUCAAAAUCCGAAAAUCCGACAACGUUAUUCAGAAACCACCGACGAGCAAGUGCAAGUGUUCUCAACAGUUUUAAUCCAACACUCCCAUGUAAUUUAACCCCUUCAGACCUGCUUCGUGAAUAUUCACGACCCGUAUUAUUAUUCGUGUAAACACGUGUGUACAUAUUCAUAUCUAUAAAGCACGUUUUCAUGUAUUUAAAAAAAAAAAAAGGAAAAGAAAAAAAAAGACAGCUCCUUUUCAUGCUUUUCAUGCUCUUCUCCUCAGCGCAGAUAGAUAAAUAAAUAAAUAAAUGCUCGACUCUGAUUGGUUACCCGGUCCACACGCCCCCUCACCAACAACCAAUCAGGGUCUGAAGGGGUUAAAAGAGGCUACAACACUCAUCAAAAUACAAACCACACACACACACACACACACACACACACAAAAUGCUGUACACACAAUAAAAUAAGCAACACUUUUUUUUUUCUUUUUUUUUUAAAUUUUUUAUUUUUGGUCGAAAAACAAAAAAAGAUGUUUGACAACAAAGUGCCUCUUUGUAUAGCUCCAAGCAUGAAACUCUACAACUCACUGUCACCCAUAACACCAUGUGCUAUAAUAAUAAUAAUAAUAAUAAUAAUAAUAAUAAUAACAACUGUACAGUAUUCAAUCACUAGCAAAACUUAAUCACUGCCUGAAACAAAUCCCAAGUGAAGUUUAAAGUAUUGACGACCAGCAAUAAUGAAAUACAGAUCAAAUUUUUGAGGAGAAAAAAUCAAUAAAAUCAUCAUUUUUGACAGGAUAAUACUUCCCCCCGUUUUGCCUUGUAUGAUGUAAGCACCGUGAGUAAGGGUGUGGUGACCUUUAACCCUGAAAUCACCAAAAUAACGCCGCUUUUGUAUUCAAUAUUUUUGUCCAAAGUGCCCCGGUUUACUGUUUAUAAUCUCACACACACACACACACACACACACACACAUAUUUAUUUACUUGACGAGCCUUGUAUUUCUGCUUUACAACGUCAGCACUUAGAUUUUAAAGUUUAGUCUUGUAGAGGAAGUGUGUCGUGUUGCGUGUGUGUGUUGUGUGUGUGCGUGUGUGUGUGUGUGUGAAAUAUUGUGAGUAGAGAAGUGCCGAUAAUAAUCGUGACGUUUUAACGUGUGGAAUAUUACCGCCGGUGCGUUUCGGUUUCGAUGUUUUGGCGGUCCGAUAGACGGAAAAUCGCGCGGUUCGACGGAUGGAAAUGAAACGAGGAAACGUUUCUUUCAGGAUCUUCACGUGUGCUCUGCGUGUAUAAGAUCAAACCGCAGAAAUCUUUUUUCACGUACGUGUUCAAAACGUCGUGGAUUCUGGGCUGAGCGAGCGGUCGGUUCUGUGGAAAGACGGCGCAUUUCGUUUAUUCGCCUAAAAAAGAGAGAGAAGUACGUACGGUUUUUUUGGGGUUUUUUUUCACGGCUGACGUUUUGUCCCCGAUUUUUUUCAGCCUUGGCCGAUUCCCGUCCACCAGCCAGCUCUCGAUAGCGACCACCCGGAGAGGUGAAGGCUAACACGUGCUUCCGAGGAGAUAUGUGACGUGACGUCAGUCAUCUUUACGUGACAGGGCGGAGUAAAGCGCUGACGUCCCUCUUCCGCACGCCCGCUCUCAGAGAUGCACGCGAUCGGCGAGUCGACACGGACGUCUGUGACGCGUCGUCGCAAGCAAACAAACAGACGAGGGUACUGUACUCGUCCGUCCGGGAUCUGGCGAUCGCAGAAAUGAACGCGAGAUCGAGGAAACGCCGCAGUAUUCGGAGGAGCGUGCAAUUCUUCAAAAUCACCGCGGAUUUUCCGCAGGUCCGGGCCGAGACGCGUCACGUGACGUCAUGACGACGCGCGUUCAGCCCUCUCGGAUUCACGACUACAACGAAAAGGUCUCGUCUCAUUUUCCAACAAACGUCACCGCGAAAGACGUUUUCGUGCGACCGCGAUUUUGCCGAUUCGAGUAGUUUUCCGCAAAAAAAAAAAAAAAAUUAGACGAGCAUUUUUGGCCGCGACAAUCACCAAAAAAAAAAUCCGCGAAACCCUGUACGGACCGAUAAAACGCUAACAGAUGGAAAUAUGUUUAAAAAAAAACGCAUUCGAAGAAACGUGUCCGAUCGUAGACGUGAAACCGUGACGUCGUGACACGCCCACUGGGAAGACACAGUUAUGGAGAUUCACGUGUCAAAGAGGAGUUAGAGAGAAAAUCCUUUAAUUAAUCGCCACGAUGUUACCGUAGACGCGUGAACAUGAAGGAUUUGAGUAACGUGACGUCAGUAACAUGGAGGCGUGUCGUCACGUCACAUCACAUUAGUGGGGUGUGUUUUUUGUUUUGUUUUGUUUUUUUUUUACUUACAGCUGCUGAAUUCACAUCCAUCCAUCCACGUCAACACCCGCAGUCCUGUAAACGAUACGACUCCAAAGAGGAAACACACACGCGCGUGUACACGCACGUGUACACACACGUUAUUUAUAACCACAAAUCUUUAUUCUACACUUUAUACAGUUAUACAGAGAGAUUGAUGGACUUACAGAACAGAUAUUUAUGAAAAUUACAGAUACAGAUGCAGAUUAUUCUUCAUUUAUCAGAGCGGAUAAUAGUGCAGUAGGAGCUUGCAUAUGAAAUUAUCACACACACACACACACACACACACACACACACACCUAAUCCACUCGCCGAUACGCACACGACACACUCCUGCAUGCUGAUGCGAGCGUUUUUUCUUUCCCCCAAUUUAAUAAGAGGAUUUGGAUUGUUCCGGAACAGGCACGUGGAAGUCGAGGAAGGGAAGCAAAAAAAACACGUCCCCGUUUAAAACGUGAAAAAUAUUCACGGAUAAAAAUCAUUCUCUCCGGAUGAAUGCCCCGGGCUGUAAUGAUUACGAUUGACUUUAUAUUUAUUUAUGACGUUGUGAUAUUUUUACACUCCCGAUAUUCUCGACAAGGCGGGUCACGUGACCGAUCCCAAAUUAUUAUUAUUAUUAUUAGAAAUUAUUAUUCCCAAACUAAUCACCUAAAUGUUUAACUAACACCUCGUUAAAACUGUCCAGAGGCCCAUCAUGCCCCCGAACAUUUUUAUUAAUUCGUUUUUACAUUUAUUUUUUUUUUACACCAGGGAGACCAGUCUCAAAAAUUUUUGCAUCUCGUGAGCUCUUUAACUGUUUAAAAAAAAAUAAUUAUCAUAAUAAUUCCACAGAUUUUCUCAGUACAGAUUUAGAUUAUAAACAUAAUCCCAGCUAUUUAAAUAUAUUUUUAUAAUAAUAAUAAUAAUAAUAGUAAUAAUUGGCUUUAUUUUUCUUUAGACCUGUAGAUCUUUUUUUUUUUUUUUUUUUUAAAUAUUUCUACUUUUUUUUUUUAAUUAAAAUUGAGAUCAGAUUAUUCUUAUAUAUCUUUUCAUUUUGUUUUUUAUUUAUUUUAUUUUAAUACGGCUUGCUUGGACCCAGCAUCCCCCCUGAACAGUUUAACAAUUUAACGUAACGUCUUUUUAAUUUCAUAUUUAUAAAAUACAUCAUUUAUGUAUUUUUAUUUUUAUUUGAAUUCCCCCACACUGUACGUCCCGUAAGCUGAUAAACGUUUUCGCAUCUAAUGAGCUCUUUAACUGUAAAAUAAUAAUAAUAAUAAUAAUAAUAAUAAUAAUAAUAAUAAUAAUAAUAAUCCAGCAGACCCUUCUAGUACAGGUUUAGUUUGUGAUAUUAGUUUUCCUCUCGGGAUUGUCUUUAGGAUCGGAUCGUCGUUGACGUUCCACGUGGUCGAGGAUGGGAUUGGCGCGAGAUAAAAACAGGUUAAUAACUUUUAAGAGCUCGAUACGUAGAGGGUUAGAGCUAGGAUAUUUGUAGUAUAUUAUUAUAUUAUUACGAGGCGCACUAAAUCACCUGCACGUCUUCUACGUGACGAUACGGCGACGGCGCUAGUGAGAGAUGGGCGUUACGUACUUCGAGUUAUACGGUAUAUACGUGGUAUAUAUCAUCCCUGAGACACACAAGGACCACGCGCUUUAAACCAGCGUCCUGAGAACCGUGUCGUGAUCUGGAAGAUUUCCACCUGCCUGUUUCCUUCAGUCUCAACUCUUAAAGAUCAGCACGAGGGAGAAGUCCAGCUUCAGGAGGAAGAUUGUACCCGAGUGGCAGUGUGUGUGUGUGUGUGCGUGUGUGUGUGUGUGUAGCUGACAGAUGGCUGUCCAUGAGCCGAUAUGUGUGUGUGUGUGUGUGCGGAGGUGAAGCUUUUCUCUCCCGCCCCUCAGCCUCUCAGACGCGUUCCUCCUCCCACAAUCCCACGUCCUUCAGCGUUUUUUUUACCUGAUGCGUAUUUAUUUAUUAACCGACAAUACGAUUCCCAUUGAACCGCACGCCAUCUGCUAACCACCGCUCUGUCAUUAGCAAGAGAAAAAAAGAAAGCGAAUCUCGGAACGCUCCGCGUUGGCGCAGGGUAAAAACUCUAAUAAGUUCUCUCCCUUACGUUUUUUUUUUUUUUGGUACAAUUUGAGAUAUUUUUUAUCUGGUAAUAACGCUCAGCUGGUAUCACACGUCGGUCUGAUUCUCCUCACGGUUAUUACUGAACUUCAGGGGUGGAGCGAUAUGACAAGAGUAUCGUACCGCGAUAUACAUUUCUAUUUAUAUUUAUAUAUAUAUAUAUAUUAUCAGCCCUGCUUGGCGUGUCCCGAUAAUCAGCUGCACGAUAUUGAAAACACAUACAGUAUUGUUACCGUGGGUUCCGGACGCGCGCGCGGUAGAUAAUUCUGCUCAGUAAUUUACAUAUAAAAAAAAUAAAUAAAACGUAACUUUUCAACUUUUAAACUUAAAACCUAACAGGAUACAAGCCAGACCACGCGGUAAUUCUUCAUUUAUAUUCAGUCAAUAAACUACGAGUCGAUCAAAACUAGUCCGUGAAAAUUUCCCAGCGUUCAUUCUUUAAGGAAGAUCUCAAUAUAAAUAAAUAUUAAUAAUGUAAACGAUUAUGAUUGGGGUUUUUUUGUUUGUUUGUUUGUUUUUUAAAGCAUGAAGAGAACCGCAAUCGCAGCGACAACAACGUGGACCUUUUUAAUUAAAGAAAAGGGGCGGAGCUCGUAAUCAAUCGGGACACACUACUGUUACGGAUCGAAAUAGAAACGAGUGAAAUGGAACGUUGCGUACCGCCGCUUUAAGCUCGUGUGACGGUAUCGUAAAGCGCACGCGUAGUUCACCUGAAAAAAGUAGCGUUAUUAUCAGUAAUCGGUUACCUACAUGUCCCUCUCCUGUACGCCGUGAACGUUUCGUGUUCCACAGAAGUAUUAUAAUGCUGAUUAUUCCAGCGGUCUCAGGACGUCAGUAUUAUAGUCGUCCCUCUUUUUAAAAAGAAUUUUUUUUUUUUAUAAUAACUCGGCCUUGAGGAAAUAAAAGGAGCGUUCGACGAGAGAAAGGAAAAGGAAAAAAGAACGCGGUCUAAAUAUCACUCAUCGCUCACAUUCCCCCGGCGAAAUCACAAACAUUCCUCGCGCCGCUCUCAUCUAUUCAGCCCCCCAAAAAAAGUUCGGCUUGUGGUGGGUUUUUUUUCUUUUUUUAAAAAAAAACUUUCUGGACUAUUUAAUCAUGAAAUAAAAACCCCCAUAUAAAAUCAAUCAAACGCUGAAGAAAGCAUUCCAGCGAUCCUUUUCUGCGUCUGAAUGAACAGAUGUUUAUUUUCCGAGUCGAAUGCGCCCGCGCCGUCGCGCCCUCUCCGCGUUCUGCCCUGCGAUGAAUACCUCCGCUUUUAUCAGAUGAGUGAAAGAUUUUUUUUUCAAAAAACAAUCGAUGAUCGUAUCGGAGGAAUCGGCUCUGAAUGCUGGCGCUAAUCUCUUUUUUCAAUCAUCUUUUUUCUUGAUUUUACGGAGAAACGUAACGGGCAGUUUUUUGGAGAUAGACACGUCCCAGUGUUGUUCGGGAGGUUUAGAUCCACGUCGGCGCGGCGUGUCGGCGUUAAACUCCACCCUGAGCACUGGAGUGUGAAACGUUCCUGAUGUGACCCCGUGAUAGCGUUCCACGGAUUAGCGAGCGGAUUGACCCGGGCGUGUCCUUUUCAGCCAGGUCACGCCCACAAUACUAAAGUGACACUUGACAUUGUUUUUCGAUUUUCCAAACACGCGUGCUGUAGGCUGCUUGGCGUCUCUAAAUUCUCCGUAGCGUGUGAACGCACCCCGCCGCGGGUCCCAUCCGGGGCGUCUGUCGCCUCGUACCCCGAGUUCCCUUUUCAGCGGACGUGAAUACGGGAUAACAAUCAGGUUUGACGUUUAGCUCGUGAAAAGCUCCAAGUCCCAGAAUUCAGUGCAGCGAUACGGCUGCUUAGCGUAUAUCUAUCUGUAAGGUGACGAGCGUCAGCGUGAAAUCUUCGGACGCUCAUCUGACGAGCCGAGAGAGCCGGACGGACUAAAACACUAAAGCGCCGCCGCAGCGCUCUCCGUAGAUAGAGAUGAAGCACCGCGGCAUUGUGGGUAACAGAGGAAAGCCAUUAACCCGAGCGAAACUUUUUGUUCGGAAUCCUGAAGCUAACUGACAUGUUCGUUAUAAAGAUGAUUACGCAAACGCGUCCAGGGUGGAGAGUAACUUCUACACAUCAAACCGUCCGAUGCGUGAGAGCCGAGUCUCGGUACGCGUCCAGUCCGAGGGUUUCGUUACCGUAGCUGUAAGUGUGUGUUAAAACGCCGCGUCGAUCCCUGACCAUCGACGGCCUUCAGACGUUCUGAGCCUCUCGCGCGUCCAAACCGAUCCACGUGCACUGUGCGACUUUUACUGCGUUCUGCUUUUUUUUAGCCUUUUUUAAAAACAAAAAAAUCCUUUUUUAAACGUGCGCCGUAUCAACGCUAGGUACGUUAACGCUAAUCUCAGCCGCCCACCGCCCGUCCCGGUUUCAUUUCAAUAUCCAGAACACACGAACAGUGUAAGAGGUGUACUUACUAUUAUUAUUAUUAUUAUUAUUGUUUUAUUUACCAUUAUUAUUGUUCCAGUAAACACCAAAGAGCAUCAGCGUGUCCGUGCAGACGUCUUCACGCCAUUUGUCGAGAAUUUUUAUUCUUUUUUUUCUUUUCCAGCCGAAACGUUCGCGUACUUACCGAGACCAAAAAAAAAAACACCAACACCCUGACUAUUUAAACAAUUUUUUAAAAAAUGUGAAACAAAUCAGACAUCAAGAGAAAAAACAAAAAUCUGACUCAACACCUGUGCAGUGAUUUAGGAAGAAAAAAAUAUAUUGACUUUUUUUUUUUUUUUUUUUUUUUUUUUUUAAAUAAACAUUUCCGAACUCAAUAGUGCACACGUCCAGUCAGAAAUCAGCCGACUGUGUUUUCUCAAAUAAAACAAUAAAAAAUGAAUCGAGUAAUAAUGCACUGGAUUAGUGGAAUUAAUAAUUAGUCAUGCUCUUAUCGUUUCUAAAUAUUUUUAUAAACGCUUUUUUUUAUCUUUAUUUUGAUAAAUUAAAAAGGACCAAGCUGUUUGUUUGUUUGUUUGUUUGCACAUUAUUAUUAUUAUUAUUAUUAUUAUUACUAUAGUUUUUUUUUCUCACAAACACGCUCUUCCCACGAAUAAAUAAAAAAAAAAAGAACACGUACGUGAUUUAAACUCUAGUGCCUGUUCGACGCACGUUUUUGUAUAUUUUUCCAGCAUCUGCGUGAGUUCGCUCAGUCUUACACACACACACACACGCACACACACACGCGCGCGCGCACGCGCACGCAAAAACAAACGACGAUGUACGUGUGUGUCGUCACGGCAACCUAAAGGACCAAACAUUCCCUGUUUCUUUCUGUGACAUUAUAAAAAAAAAUUUAAAAAAAAAACAACAAAAAAAAAAACCACACGGAUAUUAUUGUGUAGUGUAAAUACGUGGGUGGAGAAAAAACGUGGAUAUCAGAGUAGAAUGUAAAGCCCGUGGUCAUUAGAUAAAGGCAAUAUUAUGGUGAAGCAUGAGCUCAUUUAGAGUUAAUUUAGCGUACAUGGGUUAGCUAUUUGUCCGCAUUUAUAUAUUUAUAUACAUAUAUAUAUAGACACACAUAUAUAUAUAUAUUUAUAUCCAUUCGACCCCGUUAGCGUCAUCGCGUCCCUGUUUUAUCGUCAUGUACAUUAGAGUGCUGUAAAUCCCGAGUCCGUAUCCAGAACUCAUCUUUUUCUUUUUCUUUUUUUCCCCGUUUAUAGUCAUAUCCUCCUUAUAGGCAAAUAAGAACAACGUAUAAAGAAGCACUUACUUACUUAUAGUCUCCAUCAUUUCUUUUCACUUCUCCUGUUCUUCCCUCCUUCCUUCCAUUCUGGCCUCAUGUGUAAAGGUUUAUUCUGUAAGAGUCUUCUGGCAGGAGUGGAGCUGUCGUAGUAACGGUAGGAAAGAUUUGACGUUUUUUUUUUUUAAACAAAACAAACAAGAAAGAAAUAACUAAGCAACCCUAAAUCAUAUGCUGCAGUUAGAUUUAAAAAAAAAAAAAAAAGGAAAAAAAGAGAGGAGUUUUCUUGGUCUGUUUUGAAAUCUUUAAUAUUGUUGACGUGCGUUUGUUUGCUUUGUGACGACUGCUGUUCCGAGGUGGGGUUGGAUUGUUUUUUAGUGGGGUUUUUUUUCUUUUUCUUAAAGUGUGUGCGUGUGCGUGUGUGCGUGUGUGUGUGUGUGUGUGUGUAUACAUACAUAUACACGUCUGUUCUUUUUAUACUUUUGACUUGUCAAACACUGGACUAAAGUGAGACACAAACAAGCAGCACAGGACACGGCGUCACCGCGUCCGUCACGUCACGAAGUAAAUCGCCGAUUUAAAAAAAGAAAAACUAACUAAAACACACACACACACACACACACACACACACACACACACACACAUCCUGUAACUUAUUCAGUUAAAUUCGUAAGGAGGUGAGAUUCGUGCCCGAGGCAUGUGUUGAUAAUCAGGAUCGUGGAAUAUCACGAUAUCGAUAUCGGGGACACUUUAAAAAAUAUAUAUAUAUAAAAUCAAACAAAAAAAAAAAGAUUUUACUAGCCUAAAGCGUGCCUUCUGUAUUUUAAAUAAAAGCGGAUCUAAUCCCAGAAUUUUCAUUUUUUAAAUAGUUUUCUUUUUUUUUUUUCAUUCUUAAAUAUUUUUUAUUCAAAUCAAUUCAUUUCAUUUAUUUAAAGGAUAUUUAUCAAUCAAAUUUAAAUGACUUUUUUUUUUUUUAUUCCUCCCCCAUGAUAAUAUAUCGUGAUAUGAGAACUCAAUAUCAGCACAUGCCUACUUAAAACACACACACACCUACACACACACACACACACACACACACACACACACACACACAUGCAGGGAAACCACUUAAUUCUUACGCAAAUUUUCCGAAACCACUACGUCUAAAAGUCGUCUCACGCUCUUUAUCGCAAAACUCUCUUCUUCAACAACAACAACAACAACAACAACAACAACCAACAACCCCGACUGCCACUUUUCCGAAACGUGAAAAAAGAUUUGCACUAAAAUAACUGUCGGUCUUCUUGGAUAAACAGCAAUAUAUAUAUGACAGAACAAUUUGAGUCGUUAUUAUAGCAACGUCGGUGUGAAGAAGAGUGAACGCUGCCUGUGCACUCGCACCACAGAGAGAUCUGAGAAAGAGGGUCUUUUUUUAAAAAAUAUUCACAAAAAAAAAAAAAAAAUUCAACAUAAAAAGAAAGAAAAAGGUACGGACGUGACGUCACGUCCCGGAGGCUCGCGCUCGCUCACGCCGACUUCGAAUUCGUACGCAAAAAGGAAGCGAAAAGGCACGGGGGAACGAGGCGCAUUCGGACGUUAGUACUUCCUGUUUCCUCGCGUGAUCGUUUUGGAAGGGAAAAGAGAAACCAAGCGGAGAUGGUGGAAACGGAGAUCUGGAGAUUCGUCCCGGAAACACGGCGCCAAAAAAAAAAAAAAAAAACACGGAAAAAAAAAAUUGAACACGGUUAACGGUUUUAUGGAGAAAAUAAAAAGUUCACGGAUAUUUCCAGCAGUUUCUCUCUGUCCUUGGAUCUGUAUGCUAAACUAUAAAAAGGCGUAGUGCAAAGUGUGUGUAGAUGGACUUUUCCUUCCGUUCGUCGUCGUGGUCGUCGCUGGUGUUUGUCGCCGCUGCCGUCGUCGCUCUUUUCACGCAGCUCCCAAAAGCGCAGGCGCCGUGUUCCCGGGAACGCCGCUCGCACAAACAAACAAACAAACAACAACAACAACAACAAAAAAGAUUCAAUCCGACCGAGUGUAAUUAGUGUAAAAGCCUGUUUAUAGGAAACGCGUUUUUCCUGAUUUUUUUCUGUGUGCGACAAUAAACGAGUCCCACGCACAGGCGGAAAAUUAUCCAUAAAGGAAACCAAACAACAAAAAAAAAAGUCUUUCCUUUACGGCUAAUUUUUUUUUUUUUAAAUCUACGCUCAUUAAUAAUCGAUAAAAUAGCAAUCAUAAAAUAGUGAUGAAUUUUUUUGGAAUUUUGUCAGAACUAGUGGCUUUAAUGUAAUAAGCGCUUCGUGGUGUUCAUUGAAAGGUGUCGCAAAAAAAAAAAAAAGAAAAAAAGAAAAAAAAGAAAUAAUAAUAAUAAUAAAAGGUGUCACGUCUCAAAAUCGUCGCGUGUUAGAGGAAGCAUAAGUAUGUGCCUUUAAUGUGAUCUUUCUUGGUGAGCUUGUUAUUCUCGAGAAGCUGAAGCUGAAGCCAGCCGAUUGUGUUUUUGCACUAAAAAACCAAAACCGCUUUUUUCGUGAUGUAGGUGAUUUAAAGCGAGCUUUGUCGCGUCACUUUAACCGUGUGCAUGAGGGUAAAAAUUUAGGGCUAGAGCUCUCAUAACGCUGAUCUGUAAACUAGUGCAGCUUACGGAAAUCCCCCGGACUUUAAACAACAAAAACAAAACGAAAAGGAAAAAAAAAAAGAGAAAAAGAAACGAUAAUAAAACGAAAAAAUAUCUCCGCUUCGUUCUGUGUCGCAUUCGGUUCAGACCCAUCUCUCAUCCUCACCCUCGAUAAACACCCGAGGUUAGGCAUGUGCCGAUGAUCAGAUUAUCAUCCUCAUAUCGGAUUAGACCCGACUCGCGCGUUUAUCACCAGAGCAACAACAAUCGCUAUUAGCGUUCACGCAUGAUGUAAAAACACACACACACACACACACACACGCACAGGCGUACACGGGACGUCGGCACACGCCUAACACACAUACAGCGUAAAGAAAGAAUUUUUGUUUAAUUUUUGUUUAAACACGCAUGAACUCACGAGGUCGCCUCGAGACUAUUGGUCAUAAUGUUGUUUUUGUGUUCUUUUGUAAAUUAUUCUUCGUAUUAUUAUUAUUAUUACUAUUAUUAUUGAUUAUUGAUUACUGACUUUGUUAGUGGGAUAUAAAAGGCCUCCAUGCUUUGAGUCUUAUAAAUGCACCUUAUCAUGGCCCGGCCGAGUCGAGUCGAGUCAAGUCGAGUCAAGUCGAGUCGUCUAAUGCGUCUGAUUUAGCACCUUACUACGCAGCAUGAUUUCACUUUACACCAGUCUCGCUCACAACAACAACAACAACAACAACAACAUCAACAACAACAUCAACAACAACAAAAUAAACCUGAUUAUGUUUUCCGGGGACAUUUUUUUUUUUUUUAAAAACUAAAAAAAAACAUUCAAAGGGAUGUGCCAAAGUUUGGAGGCGAUCUCCCUUGGUUUUUUUUUUUAUUAUUAUUUGUUUGUUUUGGGGUUUUUUUUGUUUUUUUUGUUUUUUUUUAAAGCAUACUAUUCCUUUCAUUCUCUUCUCCUUCAGUUAUCGCAGCGCUACGUUCAUGUAACCUUUCCUAUAAACGUGUUUAAGGAAAACGUAAAACGAAAAAAAAAAAAAUUUUAUUUCAGCAGUCAGUAUCAUUACCUGCCAUUUUACAGUAAGCCCUGUAUUUCACGUAUAAUUACCAGUGAUGUGUAUUUGUUAUUAUACAGAAAAAUAGCUGUAAAAGCUUCAUUAUGUUACAUAAUAUUGUGACUUUUUUUUUUUUUUUUUUUUUUCGAAAAAAACUGUGAAGACUUAUCUUGCAUAUACUUUAUACAGAAGUAUUAAGCCUUAAUACAAAAGACUAAAAAAAGGAGUGGAAGAAUAACUGAUUGUCGCAAAAGUAAGGAUGAUUUUUUUGUAAAUGUUACCAGCACUUUUUUGUAAUUUUCACUCUCUUGAGGUAUUGUACAAGUUCACGCUGUUUGUGAAGUUUGAAUAUGAAGGAAUAAAAACUAGUACUUUCCUGUACUUCA